CCCGAGUUGCCGCGGCGCCAUGGAAUAAAGUCGACGGGAGCAGCCGCUUGUUGGAAGGCGCAGAGGGCGAGGCGCGCGUCGUUGUUGCAGAGCAGAUCGCAGCCCGGAGGCUCGGCAAAGUAAAGCCGCGUCGGAUUCCUUCCUGCGAGGGUUUGCCUGCCUCCAUUGAUCCCUUUCUCCGGAGCCGUCGGGCAACAGGCGGCGGCGAAAAGGGCCGCGCCGGUCCAGAUUUGGAGCGGAAAAGAGCAGCUCGACGGCGCGUAGGAAGAAGCAGCCGGUGGAGGAGAGCCGCCGAUAGUCCUGCCCCGCCUGGACGUGGCGAAGUGGGCGGUUCCCGCGGCAAGGCCGGAGCCCGCAGGCGAGAUCCUCCCGGCCCUCCUCUCGGCCUCUCUCCCGGCGUCGGUUCGCGACGGUGCCCUGCAGAAGGCGCGAGCAGACGGCUGCUGCCGAUCGCGGAGAAGGGGUGGCCGCGGUUUCCCUGCUGGAGCAGUAUAACCGCGCGGGCUUGGCGCAGCUAGCCAUGGCGGCGAUCCGCAAGAAGCUGGUGGUGGUGGGCGACGGCGCGUGCGGCAAGACGUGCCUGCUGAUCGUCUUCAGCAAGGACGAGUUCCCCGAGGUGUACGUGCCCACCGUCUUCGAGAACUACGUGGCCGACAUCGAGGUGGACGGCAAGCAGGUGGAGCUGGCGCUGUGGGACACGGCCGGCCAGGAAGACUACGACCGCCUGCGCCCGCUCUCCUACCCGGACACGGACGUUAUCCUCAUGUGCUUCUCGGUUGACAGCCCCGACUCCCUGGAGAACAUCCCGGAGAAGUGGGUGCCCGAGGUGAAGCACUUCUGCCCCAACGUGCCCAUCAUCCUGGUGGCCAACAAGAAGGACCUGCGCAACGACGAGCACGUGCGCAACGAGCUGGCGCGCAUGAAGCAGGAGCCGGUGCGCACCGACGACGGCCGCGCCAUGGCCAUCCGCAUCCAAGCCUACGAUUACCUCGAGUGCUCGGCCAAGACCAAGGAAGGCGUGCGGGAGGUUUUCGAGACGGCCACGCGAGCCGCCUUGCAGAAGCGCUACGGCACCCAGAACGGCUGCAUCAAUUGCUGCAAGGUGCUAUAAUGGCGCGCGCAAAAAGGCGCAAAGAAGGGGCAGUUUUCUGGAGGGGCGCGCUGGAAAGCCGAGAGCCGCGCGCAGGACAAACCCGGGGGGAGAGAUGGGUGGGUGCCGUCGGAAUGCAUGCUUCUAGAAGGGGGCGCGGGAGCAUGUGUGAACCCCCCACGGGACACGGGGAGGCCUUGAUCAUCUUCGCAGAGGGCGGACCCCUCGCCAAGGCAUCGCCCUGUUUGCUGACACUGAGAGACAACGACUCUCCCCGCCUUCCAAAAGGGCUACUGUGAGACUUGAAUGUACCGGGCUCCUUCCUUUCUUUCCUUGCUGGGGAGGACUGCAAACCCAUCGCCAAGCCAAAUAUGGGAAUCCAUUUCUCGAGCCAUUGUGAUGGAGGCUAUAGUAAGACUAUUGAGGUGUCUCCCCACCCAGGACUGAACGGAUAGUAACUCUACAAAGAGACAUUGUGCUGGACAGAUUCGUUCUCUCCCCCCUCUCCCACCCCCAAAUCUCCUGCUGUGAAUUCGUAUUUUCCUUGAGGCUUUGAAAAGGGGAGGAGGGUGGUGGUUUUCCGAGGGGAGGGAUCUCUGCUGUGUGUACAUAUAAAAUAUUCUCUCGUUUAAACCGGAAUACUGAAAGAGUGUGACUUAUUUAACACUGGACUGGGCCGCAGUCUCUCUCUGGAGACUUGUUAUAUUUCAGUUCGGGGAAAUUGUGGCCUAUUCUCUCGCCUGCCUCUGUUCCCUCAGUGUUUGUUCUUGUGAUGGUUUUUUAAGAAAGGAGUUUGGAGGUCUGGAGAGGGCAGUGGAAUGAGUUUGGGGGUGGAGCAGGGGAAGAGGGACUUGGGUGGACAAUUUUCAUAAGCCUGGUGCCUGCUCUCCCUUUUGCUUCCCAUCCCCUCCCCUUACUUUUUGAGUCAGCAAAUGCUUCCCUGUGGUUUAUUUAAAUAAAUUAUCUUCCUUUGCAAAAAAGAGCAUACUUUGCACAAACCAGGGUGUUUGUUUGUUUGUUUUUUUAUUUUAAUUUUGAACACUUUAUGUACUUGCUGAUCUUCCAUCUGAACACUGUAGCAUUGCAAAACUCCCUCUUGGAACCUCAAACCUCAUUCUGAGCACAACUCAACUAAGCACUUUCUAGCAAAACACUUUGAAAACACCCCUGGUGAUGUCAUGAUUUAAGCACCUAAAUCACUUUCACCAGUUGGUGAUCAAGAGGGGGCUUGAAAAUGUUUAAUUUUGGCUCGAUUGUGCCAACUUUGUUUUCUGUGUUACUAAUUUACAAAGAAGUAAAACCACUGUAACUUCCUUUUGGUUGCCUUGAAAAAACAAGUAGGAACAACGUCUUGUGACAUUUACUUGUCUUUUUAAAAGUUUUUCUUUUUAAUAUAGUACUAAGUGCACUCUUUUGGGCUCAUUUAAAAUAGCAGUACACUUAUUUUCACAGGGCAACUUGUAGGCCUCUGUGAGAAUAAUCUGUACUUCUGUUUCAGAGAACACAUUUAGUUUUCCCUCCCCCUUUACAAUUUUUUUACAGUGGUACUAAAGACUCUUAAACACACACUACUAAAUCAACCUGGUUAAAAAGAGAAGACCUGUGUAGUUUACAUUAAAAUUAUAUAAGCUGUGUAUGCAGGUGGUUUUUUUUAAUGUAAAGUAUUAAAAAAUUCUAUGACUACA